AUGAGGCAUUCCUGCUCGAUCAUCUUCGCAGGCGUGCGAUACCCAGUUGGGAGACAAGUCUCUGUGACAACACGCAUAGCUGAAGGCUUUCGCAGCCCGAUUACAAGCCGACGAUUAUCCACAGCAUUCCCAGCGGUACACAGGACUCGUUAUUUACCCUCUUCGGCUGGCUCAGUAUAUCCGAAUGUACAGGCACCCGAGCGAACAUGGAAUAUCGCGCUGAGAAAGACCUGGGUUCGCCAGACUGCUCAGACCUUGCAAAACAGGCCGAGCUUGAGAGCCUACAGGCUAUACAGCACUAGCUCCAGCGGCUCUAAUGUCGCAGACAACAACGUCCAACAUGAAGAUUGCAUAGUGCGUACAUCAUCGGGCGAGCUUGAAAGCGAGGUUCCCUGUGAGGAAGCAUACAAAACGGGCCCUACAAUAUACACAGACGAGGCAUGCACGGCAGAGCAGUCGGGGAGUGAACGCACGCCCGAGUUCUGGAGUCAUACCGCGUGCAAGGGGCCCGACGGCAAAGAGCUGAUCGUGCACUACUGCAAAUCCCUACGCACGGCCGAAGCCGUCGCGCAGCUCUUUCUCACCGACAAACUCGUGGGCUUCGACAUGGAAUGGAAAGCCCAGGCGUCCAGCACAGAUAGUAUUCAGGCCAAUAUCUCGCUGAUCCAGAUCGCCAACGAGCAGCGCAUCGCCCUGUUCCAUCUCGCUCUCUUCCGGCCAGCCCGACACGCGCAAGAUCUCCUCCCCCCCUCGCUACGCCUGCUCCUCGAGGACCCCCAGGUCACCAAGACUGGCGUCGCCAUCAAGGCCGACUGCACGCGUCUCCGCAAGUUUCUCGGCGUCCACCCGCGCGCCAUCUUCGAGCUCAGCCAUCUCUUCAAGCUGCUCAAGUAUGGGCGCGACCAGCCUGCUCUGGUCAACAGGCGCGCUGUCAACCUCAGCGAUCAAGUUGAAGAACAUUUCGGCUUACCUCUCGACAAGGACGGAGCUGUCCGCUGUGGCGACUGGAUGCGGUCCCUCGAUUACCGCCAGGUGCAGUAUGCUGCGUCUGAUCCGUACGCUUGCCUUGCGCUGUACAACGUCAUGGACGCAAAGAGAAAGGCCAUGUGCCCUGUCCCCCCCCUGCCGGCUCACGCGGAUCUUGGUCUGCCUAUCCGUCUGACGGACGAUUGA